AGUGCUUCAAUUGAAAUAUGACAAUUGGCGGGCGGUCGCCGUUGUAGGUACGAGCAGUCGUCCGGCCGCCGGCCACAAAUCUUCCGUUUCACUCGGCGCCCAGCCUCCGAGCGGUGAGAAGAGGAAACAGCACGCUCCAAAGCACGCGACUGCGUGAUGCCGGCUACUCCCGAAAUAGACCCCCCGCGCGGGGUGCCGGCCCAUCGACGUGCUUUUAGUAUGCUGCGCGCAUGCGAACCGCCCGCACCCUUCUGCGCUCCUGGUACUAACAACGCUUUACUCGCGAAAUUAAAUAACAUAAACUAAAUAAAAAAUAACUAUCGCGCUUCAAAAUAGCAUGCUUUAAUAAAACAAAAUGGUGGCGAUCCUGGCUAACCCCAAGUGGAGCGAGGACCUGACCAUCCAGAUGAUUAUCGAGUACGAGAAGCGCGAAUACCUCUGGAACCCCGUCUCCGAGCACUACAAGAACAAGAAAAUUAGAGAGCAAGGAUAUAUUGAAAUAAUCAAUUCACUGAAUUUGGUCGACGUCACCGUUAAAGAAUUGAAAAAUAAAAUAAAAAACAUACGUUCGUCGUAUAGCGUCGAGUUGAAGAAGAUUCGCGCGGCGAGGAAGGCUGGUGCGCAUGCGUACAGACCGAGCGUCACGUGGUUCGAACACGCAGACAGGUUUCUGCGGGCGAUCGUCACACCAAGCUCCGUGGACAACAGUUUGCUGGAGAUACCGGCGAGCGACGACAGCGACGUCGUUCAAGACCUGAGUGAGCGUAAAUCGCCGGAAAAGAAAAGUCCGCGAAAGCGUCGCAGCUCGACACGUUCGUCGACGCCGUACGUGUUGAACACGCCGUCCCCCCGGCCCGGCACGCCGUUCGGCUUAAAUCAGGGGACUUUCGGCAUUCUCCCGCCGGUAACGUCCGCGCCGUUUCUAAAUCCCCCUGUCGGGAUCGCUACGCCGCUGACGAGUUCGCUCGUUACAAUUUACCCAGUACCCACGAAACAAAAGAAAAGUAAUUCGGACAGCGGCGACGUCACGGAUCUACCCCAAGAUCUCAGUCAACAUUCUGAGAACGGUAAUGAGAACGAGUUCGAGAUGUUUGGGAAGCUGAUAGCCAGUCAAUUGCGGAAGUUGCCGCUUAGUUUGGCACUUGACACGCAGUUGAAGAUACAGACGCUGGUGAAUGCAGCGAGGAUCCAGGCUGUCUAUCAGCAGUACAGCUACGCUGGGCCGUCCCAGGAAGCCCUGUCGGUACAAGCUUUGUCUAACGGGAUCUUAGCCGGGAUGGCUACGCAAAGCAGUUUCGCUUCUCGAUCCCUGGGAUCAAGGAACAAUUCCCCGGAGGAAAUGAACAGGGAUCUUAAGACGGACUAUUCUUUGGGCUCCGAGGCCGAAGAUUAAUCCUCCAUUAGAUUGUCACCUGUUUUUGCUCACACAACCUAAAAGUACCUCAUAUUUCUCAGUUGAGAUAAGUUUGAGAUAUAGCUCAUUUACAAGCGUCCGACGCACAAAUAAUGUCACUUCGCUGUGAUUUGGGUAAUACAAAAAUAUUAACGUUAUUUAUACGUGUUUUAGAUGGCGUAUUCGAUGUCGUAGAAAAUGUAAUAACUUGAUGAGAAAAAAAACGUAGAAUCUUUUCAAAAACUAGUCAAAGAUGUUUCGGUGUAAUGUAGAUCUCGAUGUUUCGGCUGUGUUACUUUAAUUUAUGAGAAAAAAAAGACAAAGUUACCAUAACGAUAAUCCUUUUUUGUGUUAAAACUAGCAACACCCGAAUUUUAAGGUUGCCAACUAUACGAAUUUAUUUUAAUUGUGAUAGGUUUAAAAUAGUAGAUAUCUGUGUUAUAAAUGUGAUUAAUAUAUUAUGUAUGUAUUAGAUAA